GCCUAUUUUCUUAAAACUGAUUUAUUUAUCAGUAAUAACCCCCAUCUAUCUAGUUACAGACUGUAUGAUUAGAUAUAUGAGGUCGGGACUAAAUUGAGGCAAUCGACCAAGAUCAUUAAGACAGUCGGUCUAAACCAUAUUAUUCCAUAUCGAUCACAGAACUCCAGCAGAUUGAGAACCCAUUCGGCACAAUUUAGUUAAAAUGCUCGAUCAGUCGAAUCCAGCUCAUAUCUUUACGUCACUAGCAUCGCUUGCACUGACUAAAUAUCUAUUUGGGGUUUUCGCUCGAUGGAAAAGGAGUAAAAGUUUUGAAUAUGUCGGACAGGUCUCUGCCGUAUAUUGCUAUCCUGUUAAAUCAUGCGGUGGAUUUCAACUAGAAGCUGGCGAAUGUUCCAGACUUGGUGUCAAAGUUCAAGAGGUCACAGAUAGGCACUGGAUGGUGAUAAAAUCAAAUGGCGAUUUUCUUACACAACGACAAGAACCCAAGAUGGCGGUGAUCCAAGUAAACUAUAAUGGUAACAAUUUACAGAUCAAGGCUGAUGGAAUGCCUGUAUUAAAUGUACCAAUAAAUCUACCAUUGAAUAAGUCUAAAAUUCUACCUUGUCGUGUAUGGGGCGAUAAAACAUUUGGUCUAGAUUGUGGACAAGAAGCUGGUACCUGGUUGAGUAAAUUCUUGGGAAUUGAUGGACUACGACUUGUAUUUUCGGCUCCGGAGUUAGAAAAACGAGAUUCAUCGCUAGUGGAGAAACCGUGGGGAAAGCCGGCACUACCAGGUGAUCAGGCAGCGUUUAGUGAUUUCUGUGCCUAUCUAGUCUUUAACACAGCGUCGCUACAGCAACUGAACUCUAAACUCUCGUCGCCGGUCAAAAUAACAAACUUCAGACCCAAUAUAGUUAUAGACAACAACACACCAUUUGACGAGGAUAAUUGGCAGGUAAUAAAAAUUGGUGAAACUGUAGAGAUGAGAUUAUUGGACCCUUGCACCAGAUGUAAAAUGACUACUGUCAACUCUUCUACUGGAGAACUCAGUCAAUCUGGAGAGCCUUUAAAAACUUUAAAAACAUUUCGUUGUUUUGAUAAGUAUGGUACCAGUCCUAUAUUUGGUGUAAAUGCCACGAUUGAUGCUGCAGGACCCAUCCAUGUUGGCGAUCCAGUUUAUGCUUUAAGGAAACUUGUUUAAAUAAAGUGUUUACGUUUCA